AUGUGGGCUCUCACCACCCAUAACGCCACUUUAACCCGGUUCGACGCGCCGGAAGACAUUCCGGAUGGAUACGCUAUUAUCUCUCAUGUCUGGACUUCUCAAGAAGACUCCUUCCAGCACGUCCAGUCGUUCAACUCUCAGGCUGCGACGCGGUCUGGAUACAACUCCCGCGACCACCUUUCAGACAAGAUGCGUAUGUUCUGCACUCUCGCCGAAAGCUACGGGUACCGUUGGGCAUGGUCCGAUACCGCAUGCAUCAACAAGGAGAGCAGCGCCGAGCUUUCCGGAGACAUCAACUCCAUGUUCAACUACUACGCCGCCGCCCAAAUCUGCUUCGUGUACCUCGCUGACGUCCCAGGCCGCAGUGAUCCUUGGCAGCCCGGCUCUUACUUUCGUCGCAGCAAGUGGCACAGACGCGGAUGGACUCUCCAAGAGCUCCUCGCUCCCGAGAUGGUCGUAUUUCUUUCUGUGGACUGGGGCGUCAUCGGCACCAAGGCAGAGCUAUCCGGGCUGCUCUCUGAGAUCACCUCGAUCCCCGAACAGAUCCUCACGUUUGAGGCGGACAUCACGGACGUCAGCAUUGCGCAACGCAUGUCGUGGGCGGCCAAGCGGAGCACAACGCGCGAAGAGGAUCAAGCGUACUGCCUUCUUGGCAUCUUCGGGAUCAACAUGCCGAUGCUUUACGGAGAAGGCGGCAAGGCAUUCUAUCGCCUCCAGGAAGAGCUCAUGCGGACGUCGAACGACACGUCUCUCUGGGCAUGGGGU